AUGGCUCUGUUCCUCAACCCUUUGGGGAACAGUGCCAGAAAUAACAAAAGAUGUCCGGGCGUGACACGGUAUGUGACUAUGGAAGCAAAUCGUUACCAAAAUGUGCAUUAUAUAAAUAACAUAAACACGAUUCCUGUAUUGCUAGGAGAUGUGCCCCUCCACUUCAUGUUGGACCCAAACAACAGGUCAGCAUGGAUAAAAGACAAAGUGGCAAACUUGACAAAGAAGCAGUUCAUGGAUGGCUUCAACCUAGACAUUGAGCAGGAAGUGUCUAAAGACUACAAGUUCACUGCUCUUGUCAAAAAGACUACAGAGGUGUUCCACAGGGAGAUCCCAGGGGCUCAGGGCUCUUCUCUUCUGAUUGACGUAGCCUGGUCGCCUGACUGCAUAGACGGUCGGUGUUACAACUACGUCACCAUUGCCAAGUCCUGCAACUUGCUAUUUGUGAUGUCCUAUGAUGAACAAAGUCAGAUAUUUGAGGGCUGUAUUGCCACGGCUAACUACCGUUACCAAUAACAGUGGCAGGUAUGUAAUGCAAGAUAUAGUCCAUUGAAUUUCAAACUUAACAAAAGAGAAUUUUCGAUACUUGUGAAUCAAGGUUAUGGUUAUCAAGGUCUCUUGGUUAUAGAAGGGUUGUGUGCUAUAGCCAAGUUUUCUUUUCGAGGUGCCCCUUGCAGUGACGCCGCUGGUUGGUAGAUUUUGUACAUCAAUAUUAUGAAGCAGGUCAACGAUUCCAUGUCAGGCAGGCUGUGGGACAGUCAAAGCUCCUCCCCCGACUACAACUACAUGGAGGAAAAGGGACAGAUUCAUCAAGUGUGGUAUGAUGACCCUGAGAGCAUUUGCAUGAAGUCAACGAAUGUCAGAUCCAUGGGGCUGAGAGGUGUCGGCAUGUGGAAUGACAUCCUCUCUAGUAGUCUGGACCUUGUUGCCCAGCUACAGACUGAUAACAUGUGGCAUGCCAUAAUGACAUGCUAAGAAGAGGUUCUGAGAUUUAUAUCCCUCUAUAUCCCACCACGAUUUAUUGCUGAGUCUAUACAUUCCUUGGUAAAGAAGACAAAAUGAGAAAGGGUCGUGUGUCUUUUGGAAGUUGGAGCCACACUUGCACUCAAGUUGUAUCAUUGCUGUUUAUUGCAAUUGUAAAACAUUCUCAAGAAGAGCAGGGAAUUGACUGAACCAGGAUAGUACAUACAUUUCUUUAUAUGAUAUUCAGUUUUAACAAAAAGGUUUUUGAUAAUCACUGAGAAAAUUGCCAUGAAACCAUUGUGUUAUCA